AUGACUAGCAAUUCAUCUGCACACCAUAAAAUCAAGUCGAUUGAUGAAGUAAUCACCAGCAUCCAUGAAGACUAUAUCCAAAAAGAUUUUCCAAAACAGUAUAAUCACGAUUUCGAAAUCCUUUCAACGAUACGAUAUGACCCAUUAUUAUCAAGAAUACCACCGAUGAUUUAUGACGAAAUAUCCAGUGUUAAUUUCUUCUUAUUAUCUGAGCAUAUCGAGAGAUUGAAAUUCACAUUGGCAUAUUUCCAUCAUCAAUUCAAAACAACUAUGGAUUUUGAAAUUACUGAACUGGGUCUAUUGGAACAAUUAAUCCGAGCAAUGAAAUAUGCUCAAAGACCAGUCAUGUUACCUUAUAAAUAUAGAGUAUUAGUAGAUCUUUCCGGGAAUGUUCGGGUCGAGAUUCAUGAUACUGAUCAUAGAGACGAUUUAUUAGCUGGAAUGUUUCCAUGUUUGGUCGAUGAGACAUUAAUGGGAAUGAGUAAUGUCGAUGAGGUUUGGGAUGUAUAUAUCGACUCUAAACAAACAUUGAUAUCACCAUUCACGUCAUUUAAAACCACAAAAAGGGAUGCAUAUAAUGAAGUCAGGGCAAGGAUAUUACCUGGCUUAAGACCAGGAAAGGAGGAGGUGUUGUUAUAUAAUACCCUGAAUAAACUUAUGGAAGGGUCUAUAACAAAUGUUGCCAUAAAGAGAUUUUCUGAUGGGAAAUGGAUAACACCAUUAUUGAGUUCGGGGUGUCUUUGUGGGGUAACUAGAAGUUUCUUGUUAAAGAAGGAUUUCAUAGAAGAAGAUUCGAUAGAUAUUGAUGAUUUACUUCCUGGAAUGGAUAUAUUGUUGUUUAAUGGAGUAAUGGGAGUAGUCAGAGGAAGAAUAAUUGGAUAG